GAGUAUGCAUCUAUAGCAAUCGCAGAAAAACCUCCCUCUCUCUCCCCAAAUCAAUCUCUCUCUCUCCCUCUCUCUCUCCGCUUUCAGUUUUCAGUUUCUGUUGUCUGUUCUUAUCAGAUAAUCAUUAAAUUUUAUCUGCACAUUCUAAACAUUUCUCCAACAGCAAAAUUCACCCAAACCCAACAAAAAAUCCAAUCUUUACCCACCCCAGAUCAGAAUUAAUCAUUUCCACACUCCCAAGAACCAAGAUUUUCAAUAAAAAUCCAGUCUUUUUGAUCAACACAAUGGCAAUUGCUCCCAAUUCCAUUGUUCAACCAAGAAGCAUCCAUAAUCUCGGCUGUAUCGCCAAGAUUAAGCCUGUUUUGAAUCCCCAACUCAGUGUUUUAAAGCAUGCUGGUGUCAAAACUAAUGUUAGCCCACCAGCCUGUGGGCUGGGCUUGGAGAGAACCAGGUUUUAUGGGAGGAGAUUUUUUCGCGGGUCGGGUCAAGAAAGGGCCCAUGUGUGGCAGACUGACGGACCCGGAAAAGAUCCGAAGCUCAAAGUGGUGGAAGUGAGGUCAUCAAUGUCUCAAGUGCCUGAGAAGCCAUUAGGGUUGUAUGAUGCUUCUUUUGAUAAGGACUCUUGUGGGGUCGGCUUUAUUGCUGAGCUGUCUGGCCAAAGUAGCCGUAAAAUGGUAACUGAUGCAAUAGAGAUGUUGAUACGCAUGACACAUCGAGGCGCGUGUGGAUGCGAAGAGAACACUGGUGAUGGAGCUGGAAUUCUUGUUGAUCUUCCUCAUGAAUUCUACAAGGAGGUUGUUAAAGAUAUCGGCAUUGAGCUGCCACCACCUGAGAAAUAUGCUGUCGGCAUGUUUUUCUUGCCUACGUCUGAAAGUAGAAGGGAACAAAGCAAAACCGUUUUUAGUAAGGUUGCUGAGUCACUUGGGCAUACUAUUCUUGGUUGGCGCCGUGUCCCAACAGAUAACUCUGGAUUGGGUCCGUCUGCUAUACAAACGGAACCUGUCAUUGAACAAGUGUUUCUUACUCCUACACCCAAAUCUGAGGCUGUUUUUGAGCAACAGUUGUACACAUUACGGAGAGUAUCAAUGGUAGCUAUACGGGCUGCGUUAAAUCUCCAAAAUGGCAGCAUGAAGGACUUUUAUAUAUGUUCUCUAUCCUCAAGAACCAUUGUGUACAAAGGUCAGCUGAAGCCCGAUCAGUUGAAGGAAUACUAUUAUGCAGAUCUUGGCAAUCAAAGGUUUACGAGCUACAUGGCCAUGGUUCAUUCACGGUUUUCAACAAAUACAUUUCCAAGCUGGGACCGUGCUCAGCCCAUGCGUGUUUUAGGGCAUAAUGGAGAAAUCAACACACUCCGGGGAAAUGUCAAUUGGAUGAAGGCUCGAGAAGGUUUCCUGAAGUGCGAGGAGCUUCAGUUGUCCAAAAAUGAGAUGAAGAAACUUCUACCAGUUGUGGAUCCAAGCUCAUCUGAUUCUGGAUCUUUCGAUGCUGUCCUUGAGCUUUUAAUUCGAGCAGGCAGAAGCCUCCCAGAAGCUAUAAUGAUGAUGAUUCCUGAAGCCUGGCAGAAUGAUGAAAAUAUGGAUCCUGAACGAAAGGCUUUGUAUGAAUACUUUUCAGCCCUCAUGGAACCCUGGGAUGGUCCGGCACUAAUAUCAUUUACUGAUGGUCAUUAUCUUGGAGCUACCUUGGACCGAAAUGGAUUACGGCCUGGUCGCUUUUACGUUACUCACAGCGGGCGAGUUAUAAUGGCAAGUGAGGUUGGUGUGGUAGAUAUCCCACCAGAAGACGUGUCCAGGAAAGGAAGACUGAAUCCUGGAAUGAUGCUUCUUGUGGAUUUUAAAAAGCAUGUUGUCGUAGAUGACGAAGCUUUAAAAAAGCAGUACUCAUUAGCACGACCUUAUGGAAAGUGGCUUGAAAGGCAAAAGAUAACUCUUAAGGACAUUGUUGAAUCUGUUGGCGAGUCUGAUAGGGUGUCUCCAACCAUAGAAGGAGUCUUGCAAGCAUCUACUAAUGAUGACAAUCUGGAAAAUAUGGGAAUGCAUGGUUUACUGGCUCCCCUUAGGGCAUUUGGUUACACGGUCGAAUCAUUGGAGAUGCUACUGCUACCCAUGGCAAAGGAUGGUGUUGAAGCUCUUGGCUCGAUGGGGAAUGAUACUCCCUUGGCUGUGAUGUCUAACAGAGAAAAACUUACUUUUGAGUAUUUUAAGCAAAUGUUUGCUCAGGUUACAAAUCCUCCAAUUGAUCCUAUUCGCGAGAAGAUAGUUACAUCUAUGGAGUGCAUGAUUGGUCCAGAAGGGGAUCUGACAGAGACCACUGAGAAACAGUGUCACCGUCUGUCUUUGCAAGGACCCCUUCUAUCGAUUGAAGAAAUGCAAGCAAUUAAGAAAAUGAACUACAGAGGUUGGCGCAGCAAAGUUGUAGAUAUCACCUAUUCGAAGGAACAAGGCAGAAAUGGAUUGGAGGAGACAUUAGAUAGGAUCUGUUCAGAAGCAAAUGAUGCAAUCAAGAGAGGUUAUAAGAUUCUGGUGCUUUCUGACCGAGGAUUUUCAUCAAAGCGAGUUGCCGUUAGCUCCCUAUUGGCUGUUGGUGCUGUCCAUCAGCAUUUAGUUAAAAAACAUGAGCGCACUCGCAUUGCAUUAAUUGUGGAGUCUGCUGAGCCCAGGGAGGUGCACCAUUUCUGUACACUGGUUGGCUUUGGUGCAGAUGCUAUCUGCCCAUAUCUGGCUGUAGAGGCCAUUUGGAGACUUCAAGUUGAUGGCAAGAUCCCACCUAAAUCAAAUGGUGAAUUUCACUCAAAGGAGGAGCUGGUCAAUAAGUACUACGAAGCAAGUCAGUACGGCAUGAUGAAAGUUCUUGCUAAAAUGGGAAUAUCGACCUUGGCCUCAUACAAGGGUGCUCAGAUUUUUGAGGCUGUUGGUCUAUCUUCAGAUGUAAUGGAAAGGUGCUUUGCUGGAACUCCCAGCAGAGUGGAGGGUGCAACAUUUGAGGCACUUGCUCAUGAUGCUCUUCAUUUGCAUGAUCUUGCAUUUCCCUCACGUGCAUUACAUCCAACAAGUGCUGAGGCUGUUGCACUCCCUAAUCCAGGUGAUUACCACUGGAGGAAAGGUGGUGAGAUUCAUCUAAAUGACCCUCUUGCAAUAUCAAAGUUGCAGGAGGCAGCCAGAGUAAAUAGUGUGGCUGCCUACAAGGAGUAUUCUAAGCGCAUACAGGAACUGAAUAAAUCUUGUAACUUGCGGGGACUUCUAAAAUUCAAAGAGGCGGCAGUGAAGAUACCUUUAGAGGAAGUUGAGCCAGCCAGUGAAAUUGUGAAAAGGUUCUGUACCGGAGCCAUGAGUUAUGGAUCCAUUUCACUGGAGGCUCACACAACCCUUGCUAUGGCAAUGAAUAAGAUUGGAGGGAAAUCAAACACAGGUGAGGGUGGUGAAAACCCGUCUCGUAUGGAGCCACUUUCAGAUGGUUCGAUGAAUCCUAGGAGGAGUGCAAUCAAGCAGGUUGCUAGCGGAAGAUUUGGUGUUUCAAGUUAUUACCUAACAAAUGCUGAUGAGCUUCAGAUAAAAAUGGCUCAGGGAGCAAAGCCUGGUGAAGGAGGUGAACUUCCUGGCCACAAGGUUAUCGGCGACAUUGCAGUUACUCGAAAUUCUACUGCAGGGGUGGGAUUAAUAAGCCCUCCUCCCCAUCAUGACAUCUAUUCUAUCGAAGAUCUGGCUCAACUGAUUUAUGAUUUAAAGAAUGCUAAUCCAGCGGCUAGAGUGAGUGUGAAAUUGGUUUCUGAAGCAGGUGUUGGUGUAAUUGCUAGUGGUGUUGUAAAGGGGCAUGCUGAUCAUGUAUUAAUCUCUGGUCAUGAUGGAGGUACAGGGGCUUCUCGAUGGACUGGUAUCAAGAGUGCGGGGCUUCCUUGGGAACUUGGUCUUGCAGAGACCCACCAAACUCUUGUCGCUAAUGAUCUCCGUGGUCGAACAGUUCUUCAGACAGAUGGUCAACUAAAAACUGGAAGAGAUGUGGCCAUUGCUGCACUUCUUGGCGCGGAGGAAUUUGGUUUUAGCACUGCUCCUCUUAUAACUCUUGGGUGCAUCAUGAUGAGGAAGUGCCACAAAAACACUUGCCCAGUUGGCAUUGCUACUCAAGAUCCAGUUCUUAGAGAAAAAUUUGCUGGGGAACCUGAACAUGUCAUUAAUUUCUUCUUUAUGCUAGCAGAAGAAGUGAGGGAAGUUAUGUCUCAGCUUGGAUUCAGAACAAUUAAUGAAAUGGUUGGCCGCGCAGACAUGCUUGAAAUGGACAAAGAACUGAUGAAGAACAAUGAGAAACUUAAGAAUAUAGAUCUUUCUCUAUUACUUAGACCAGCAGCUGACAUUCGUCCAGAGGCUGCACAGUAUUGCGUAGAGAAACAAGACCAUGGCCUAGACAUGGUUCUGGAUAAAAAAUUAAUAUCAUUGUCCAAACCUGCUUUGUCAAAAGGUCUUCCAGUAUACAUGGAAACACCUAUCUGCAAUAGAGAUCGUGCAGUUGGAACAAUGCUAAGUCAUGAAGUGACUAAACGCUACCACAAUGUAGGUCUUCCUGCAGAUACUAUCCACGUCAAACUCAAUGGAAGUGGAGGCCAGAGCCUUGGAGCUUUUCUCUGUUCUGGAAUCACGCUAGAGCUAGAGGGCGAUAGCAAUGACUAUGUUGGGAAAGGAUUGUCUGGUGGCAAAAUUGUUGUUUACCCUUCUAAAGGAAGCAACUUUGACCCAAAAGCAAACAUUGUAAUUGGAAAUGUGGCUCUCUAUGGCGCAACAAAUGGAGAAGCUUACUUUAAUGGAAUGGCUGCUGAAAGAUUUUGUGUACGUAAUUCUGGUGCUAAAGCAGUUGUAGAAGGUGUUGGUGAUCAUGGUUGUGAGUAUAUGACUGGUGGGACUGUUGUUGUUCUUGGGAAAACUGGGAGGAAUUUCGCAGCUGGCAUGAGUGGUGGUAUUGCUUAUGUUUUUGAUGGGGAUACCAAAUUUCGAUCUCGAUGCAACGCUGAAUUGGUCGAUCUUGAUAAAGUUGAAGAAGAAGAUGAUAUCACAACUCUUAGGAUGAUGAUACAGCAACAUCAGCGGCAUACAGGCAGCCAUCUAGCCAAAGAAGUUCUUGCGAACUUUGAUAACCUCUUACCUUCAUUUAUUAAGGUCUUUCCAAGGGAUUACAAACGAGUACUUGCAAGUCUUAAGAAGGAGGAAAUUGCAAAGAAUGCUGCGGAAAAGGUUUCUAGAGAAACUCAGCAGCAAGAAGAGGCAGAGCUAGCUAAAAAAGAUGCCUUUGGAAAGCUAAAGAAAAUGGCAGCAACAUUUUUGAAUGGGGAAGCUAAUGAGGAACCGAAGGCCAAAGUAUCAGAUAGACCAUCUCAGGUAGCUGAUGCUGUUAAACAUAGAGGCUUUGUUGCUUAUGAGCGUGCAGGCAUUUCAUACAGGGAUCCCAAUGUUCGGAUGAGCGACUGGAAAGAAGUUAUGGAAGAGACUAAACCUGGGCCACUUCUUAAUACACAGUCUGCUCGUUGUAUGGACUGUGGCACACCUUUCUGUCAUCAAGAGAACUCUGGAUGUCCUCUUGGAAAUAAAAUACCCGAAUUCAAUGAGUUGGUAUACCAAAAUCGGUGGCGUGAAGCUCUCGAUCGGCUUCUAGAGACUAAUAACUUUCCUGAGUUUACUGGACGAGUUUGCCCAGCACCAUGUGAAGGUUCUUGUGUGCUCGGUAUCAUUGAAAACCCAGUAUCUAUUAAGAGCAUAGAGUGCGCUAUUAUUGACAAGGCCUUUGAGGAAGGGUGGAUGGUGCCACGGCCACCAGUCACCAGGACAGGGAAAAGAGUUGCUAUUGUUGGGAGUGGGCCUUCUGGUUUGGCAGCUGCUGAUCAGCUAAAUAGAAUGGGUCAUUCGGUGACUGUCUUUGAGCGUUCCGAUCGGGUUGGAGGACUUAUGAUGUAUGGUGUCCCUAACAUGAAGACGGAUAAAGUCGAGGUUGUUCAAAGGCGGGUUGACCUUAUGGAGAAAGAAGGAGUGACCUUUGUCGUUAAUGCCACUGUUGGUAAAGAUCCGUCUUAUUCUCUAGCUCGACUUCGUGAGGAGAAUGAUGCUAUAAUUCUAGCUGUAGGAGCGACAAAGCCGAGGGACCUUCCUGUUCCUGGAAGGGAAUUAUCAGGAGUCCAUUUUGCAAUGGAGUUUCUUCAUGCCAAUACUAAAAGCUUGCUGGAUAGCAAUCUUGAGGAUGGAAACUACAUCUCAGCCAAAGACAAGAAAAUUGUGGUAAUUGGUGGAGGUGACACUGGAACAGAUUGCAUAGGGACAUCUAUACGACAUGGGUGCACUAGCAUUUUAAAUCUGGAGCUUCUUCCUGAGCCUCCAAGAACAAGGGCACCGGGUAAUCCCUGGCCACAGUGGCCUCGUAUAUUCCGUGUAGAUUAUGGACAUCAGGAAGCAGCAACCAAGUUUGGUAAAGACCCCAGAUCCUACGAGGUAUUGACUAAGAGGUUUAUUGGAAAUGAGGACGGGGUUGUGAAAGGACUGGAACUUGUGCGUGUACAAUGGGAGAAGGAUGCAAGUGGCAGGUUUCAAUUCAAAGAAGUUGAAGGUUCUGAGGAGAUCAUUGAGGCUGAUUUAGUAUUACUAGCUAUGGGUUUCCUUGGUCCUGAAUCGACGAUAGCCGAAAAACUGGAGUUGGAGCGAGACAAUAGAUCGAACUUCAAAGCAGAAUAUGGUCGUUUCUCAACUAACAUAGACGGGGUAUUUGCUGCUGGUGAUUGUCGACGUGGUCAAUCUUUAGUGGUAUGGGCCAUUUCAGAAGGUCGGCAAGCUGCUUCUCAAGUCGAUAAGUACCUCCUCAAGAAGAAAAACGAUGUCAGUUCAGAUAGACAAGGGAAUGUCAAGAUGGACAAGGAAACAUCAAAAACAACAGCAAGAUAGCAACAAGUAGAUGGUAAUGACGAAAUAUUUUUUUCCCUUCUUUUCUUUUAUGACUUUCCAGAUAUGCAUGAUAGAUAUACCAAGAGGAGGCUUCAAGAAGCUUAAGUUUUAUUCUGGAAGGAUGUUACUUGAUUGUGGAUAUAGGUUUCGACUGAGGGAAGGCGUUAAUAUCCUUUGUAAUUGCGGUAUUAACAGAUCCUUCUGGUUUUGUAAUCUCUUUGCUUAUCUUUCUUGCCCGAAGUGGUGGUUAAUCGUCCACCUGACAUUAUGUAAAAAAAUUUAGGUUUAAUGUUUUGCUCAUCUCGAGUACAAUUCAGCAGCUGUUCUUAUGUUA